GACUCGCUGAAUCCUUUCCAAACUUUGACCAUUGGUGGUUGACACUCCAUGUAGAUAGAAGCGCGCGCCGUCGGUGGCUCUUUUCGUGCGACGAUGAUGGCAUUUGAGGGAGCAGAGCUGGUGUCCCGAGUGCUUGUGGUGGCCGGCAUGAGCGCUUUGUUGCCGAACUUGAAGGGAGGAAGCCUCACGAAGCCCUUCUUCGACUCCUUGGCGUGUCACGACGCCAUCGCCUCGGGUGCCAGUUGCCAGGUCUGCGAGACGAAGUUCAAACACUGCCGAGGGCAUUACGUCUACGAGCCCUUCACCGUGGUGUUCUUGGAGGCUCUGGUCACGGUGGCGCUGGGGGUCUUGGCGACCUUUUGCAUGCUCCCGGUUCGGCGUUCCGUGAGGCUCCUCUUCAACUGGUCAUCCAUCCGACGUGUUUUGCCUGUGGGCGCCACGUAUGCUUUGGGUGAUUUGAUGGACUUGGCUGCAGCCCGGAACGUGUCAGGUACCACCCUGCUGGUGGCGGCGCAACUGAGGUUACCUCUUUGUGCCCUGCUGCGUUGGAUUCUGCUGGGGCGGAACCAAUCCGCGCUGCAGUGGCUCAUGCUGUUGGUGAUCUCCUUCCUUUGUGUUGGGCAUGUGGUGCAUGAUUUGGGCGACACCAUGGCCGCUGGGCAGGUCGGGCACGAAGGCUCCUGGAUCGCUGCAUCACCGGAACAGCUGCUGGUCGCGCUGCCCUUGAUCUUGGGCAAGAGCUUGAUCAGCUGUGGUGGAGCGGUGCAUGCGGAGUACUUCUUGCAACGGGAUGCUGAAGAGGUGCCUUUGUGGGUGACCCAGGUGCAUUUCAAGUCCGCCACAAUGUUGGGGGCCUUAGGAGUGGCUUGGGCACAAGGCGCUGUGAGCGGCAAGAUCCUCUCCAACCGUUGGGACGGAGAGGUCUUUGGACAUUUGCCCGUAGGAGUCCUCCCUGGUGAUUGGAGGAUGCCCUUCUUUGGAGGCUGGGACUGCAAUACGUGGCUUUUAGCCGCCUGUUUGAUCCUCAACAACUUCCUGGUCGCCGACCAGAUGCGACGCCUCACCUCCGUCGCCAAGUACGUGGCCUAUGCUUUUGGGCUUGUUUUUAGCUAUCUCGCUCAGCUCUGUGAGGGACGAGAUUUGAGCUUCUUUCAAGCCUUCUCCUGCUUUGGCAUUGCCUUGAUGGCCGUUGCAUACAUUUCUGCACCUUUGGUUGACAAAAGCGUGAAGGGCAAGCAGAGCUAGGGCUCUGCUAUAGUGCAUGGCAACUGAAUGGCUAAGCGGGAGGCUUUAAGGAACGCCUCCCUUGUUCCAUCCAAAAUUUGGGAGCUCCAUGCUAGCAGCUUGAAACGAGGCUGACAUGUGUAUUUGGUGCUCUCACCAUCUUUUCACAUCCUGCCUGGGCAGAGAGACUUCAUUCAUAGCAGUGCCUUAAAGGCGCUUAUAUGGAAGACCAGUGGGCUCG